AUGCCAAGGAUUUCAACCGGAAUCGAUCGACUUGUGUCUAUGCACGUGCUGGAGCCCAUUGAUCACUCAGAAUGGGCAGCACGCAUCGUCGCCGUUCAGAAGAAAAAUGGAUUGAUCCGCUUCUGCGCAGACUACUCAACCGUACUGAAGCGCAGACUACUCAACCGCACUGGAACAAAGAUCGAAGGGCGCUACUUUUCACAGCUCGACAUAGCCAAAGCGUAUCUCCAGUUGGAAGUGGACGACGUCUCAAAGCAGCUACUCACUAUCAACACGCAGUGUGGAUUGUACCGCUGCAAUCGACUACCAUUUGGAGUGAAACCAGCUCCUGGUAUAUUCCAGCAAUGUAUGGAUGCUCUCAUCGCUGGAAUAUAUGCCGCCUAUCUCGACGACAUAUUGGUUGCUGGCAGAACAUUCGGCGAACACAACGCUCGACGAGAGGCCUUAUUCAAGCGGAUUCAAGACUACGGACUCCUCGUUCGACUUGACAAAUACGCUUUUCAGCUGACGGAGAUCACCUACCUUGGAAGAUGCUUGCUCCGAAGUCAGUCAACUUCACUCUUUUUUGGGACUCAUCAAUUUUUGGGAAAUUUCGUCAAGGAUCUCCACAAUCUACGCACUCCUUUGAACACUCUUACGAAAAAGGAUGUUGUCUACACAUGGACACCAGAGUGCAAGUCUUCCUUCGACAAGAUUAGGGCAAUCCUAAGCUCGGAUCUCCUGUUGACCCACUUCGACCUAAGUCUUUCGAUCAUCGUUUCUUCUGAUGCUUUAAAUUACGGGAUUAGAGCAACCCUCUCGCUUUGCGGAUGGAUGCGAGAAGGACGACAUUUCACGCUGAGGACUGACCACAAACCACUUUUGGCAAUCUUCGGGAGCAAGAAAGGAGUUCCGGUCAACAGUGCCAACCGUCUUCAGCGAUGGGCCGCUAUUUUGCUCAACAUCAGCUUCGCUAUCGAGUACAUCAACACAAAGGAUUUCGGCCAAGUGGACGCUCUUUCACGCCUCGUCUCGUCACAAUCAUCGAUACCGUAG